CUACUUCCGUCCAUCUCAACGAUUCCUCAGUCAUAUUUCUCAAAUUCGGACCAACUUUCAAAGGCAUGUUUGACUUGAGCCCAAUAUUCAACAUGGCUGUUGCAAUACAAGCACUUCCCACAAACUCAUCACUAACUGCGUUUCUUCAUUCACGUCAGAAAAACGUCAGAUAACAAGUAAAAGUACGGCGGGAGUGCCGCUGAGGCCACAGAUAUCAAUAUUAGUGGACUGUGCGAGUGCUGAUUGCUUUCUUUAAGUCAACUGCCAACAAGACUUACUUUGUCGCCUGUACAAAUUACAAACCGUUCAACAGGCAUCAAGUUGCUAUGCUGCAAGUGAUAUUAUAGGUGUGUCAUGUAGAGGGGCAAUUUCAUCUGGUCGAAGAGAGAGCAAUGGAUUUUGUGGGCUCCAGGGUGUUUGGGGUGGUGACACUUGAUGUGUUUUAUUCUCACCUGCGGUCUAGGUAGGGGCAACUUGACACGUAUUUACCUGCCGACGGUUAUCACAAAGUCAUGAACACACUUGUUGGGAUUUAACCAAUUGGGCAGGGAAAGAUUUUCAAGUCGGAGACCGGUGCAUCAAAACCAUUUUCGAUAUUCCCAAUCCAAUUUGGGUGUGACAGUAUUUAACAAUGAGCUCAGAUGCUUGUUCCAUUGUUGCCCAAGAGGAUGGCGAUUCAGCCCUGUUGGUCACUUUAUAUGACCGAAUAUCACAUUACAAACGUCUUCGUGGCCAAUCCCCCCAAGAGAUUGGUAUCCCAUUUUGGGAUAUCAUUGUCAUAUCGGCUGGAGAUCAUAUCCAAUCGGAAGUCAUAUCCGGAUUCUUGAUCAAUCUUGGCAACCGCAAUCUUCUGAUGAAGGGCGUGACUUACAAGGUCUAUCCUGAUCCGGAUGGACAAAGGGUGGGCGAUGGUGGAGCCACCCUUAAUGUCGUCAAGAGAUUGAUGGAAGACUUUGGAGACAAUGUAUUUGAACAAAGAAUCUUGCUUAUUCACGCAGGUGGAUUCUCCAAACGGAUUCCACAUCUCAGUUUCAUCACCAAGCUAUUUUGUCCCAUUCCCUUUGGAUUGCAAUCUGAUGCCCAGGAUGAGAACCAUUCCACCUCAAACCUAACCAUGUUCGAUUUGAAGCAAGCCAUGUAUUUACGCUUCUUGGAUACGUUUUCUUCCGGAAUAUUCGCAGCAGCUUCGGAUGACAUUGAAAGUUUCAUUGAUUCCCCUGAAGAUUUCCAAAGGUUCAAAGCUGACUUAGACCAAUUAAACCCGGACGAACCCGCCCUAUUUUCAUUGGCCCAUCCAUCACAGUUGCAAAUAGGCAAAAACCAUGGGGUGUUUUCGCUUUCAAAGGCCUCUUUCGACGCCUUGCAAUCCACUAGUAUGUUAUUGAUUCGAGACUGCUUGAAAGUUGUACAAAAACCAACUAUUGAGGAGAUGAAAGCCAGAAACUUGGUGAUUUCGUCAAAUAAUGAAGAUAUCGUUUACACGGAUAGUGCUUAUUGGAUGAAUGCACCUUUGGUGAAACGACUUGCUGACUUUGCUUUGAGCCAAAGUUCCGCUAAUGAAGAAUUUUCCAUGUACUCAGACUUCAUGACACGACAAUCUGGAAAAGAGGCUCCGAUUUCCACCAUUGAAGAGCCAAACCAUUCGUCAAUCCAACCUCUAUUGGACAUGGCAACCAAAGUCCCAAUCUAUUUAAUAGCUUUGCCUCAGUCCAAGUUUUAUCACCUCGGUACCACCAAUGAGUACCUUGACAUGGUCCAAAAGUGCCUUAUGAUCCAAAAAGCUACGACUAAACUAGAGAUUGAUGAUAAGUCCCUGGAAAAUUUCCAAGCCAGACGCUCCUUCAUAUCUUGCUCAGAUUUGCCCGCUCAAGUCUUCAUUCCACAUGGAUGUGUUUUGGACCAUACCGUGAUAUCCACCAAUACCAUUCAACUACGGCCCAAAACCAUCUUAAGUAACUGCCAUAUUCCCAUGGACAUCGGUGAGAUUGAGAUUCCCGGAGAAUACGUCUACGCGACUGUCCCCGUUGAGCUGAAAUCAGAUGCAACACAAAAAAGCACCCCUGGUUUUGUCACCAAGAUCACCCAUAUCAACGAAGAUGUUAAGGGUGUUUACGAUAGCCUGGUUGAUGUCCAAGGCAAAACGAUGGUUCGGUUACCCUCCCACGUCAGUUUUACUAACGACUGUUUCAGUUUGUGGAACGCCAAGAUUUUUCCAAUGGAGACGGACAAAUGUCAAUCAUUCUUGGCUUCAUUUCGAACGUUCUUUUCCGGCAAGGAAUUAAUAUUGGAGGCAGAUACCGCGUAUUUUUCUUGUGAUGAUUUGAUGAAAAUGAGAAGCAAAAGCCGGAUAGUGCAAGAAUUUUCGUUAUACAAAUAAUAUUUUCGUUUGAAGUGUUCGGUAUUAUGUUUUCUUUUUUUUUUCAAUGAAAAAUACAGUUAAUUAGUUUUUUUCA